AGAGAGAGGAUUACACUCUUCUCUUCUUUCUUUCCAGUUCGCUACGUAGUAAAAGCACAGACCUGUUACCAGCGAAUUCCCUGGGGACUCUCACUCUGCGGCAAAAAUUGGUAAACUGUAUUACACAGAGGACAAAUCCUCCUCUGGAGCUAAGUAUUAAGGGUUGAGGAAGCGAGUCAAAGGGACUGGAAGAAAAGAGACCACAGAGGUCUGGGUUGGGGUGAAUUUCCAGCGGUCAGUGCUGGGUGAUCCCUAUGAGGCAGACUGUGGAAGCCGAGGUGGUGAUGUCGUCCCCUAGACUGAGUGACCAUGGGCUAAGGCAGAUCCUGUCUGACGUGGUGGAGGAGGUGAAACAUUCCAUCAAUAAGGAAAUCAACGGGGCAGAGCUCCUAUACAGCCUCCUCAACGCCCCCUGGCUCAAGUCCCUGCUCAAAGUGCAUGAGUGUCUGCAGCAACACCAGAGAGAGCCUCCUGCUCCCUUUCUACCGUACACAACACAGCUCAUCCAACAGAUUCUGACUGACAUGAGAACAGUUCCGAACACUUCUGCUGAGGCCAGGGAGCUUUACAGUCUCCUCAGGGGACCACACCUCCAGGCUCUGAUAUCAACCCAUGAUAUGGUGGCCCAGAAGGAUUAUGACCCUGUCCUGCCUCCUAUCCCUGACAACCUCCCUGACGAUGAGGAGGCCAUGAGGAUUGUCUGUCUGGUGAAGAACAAGCAGCAGCUGGGAGCCACGAUAAAGCGAAAUGGGAUAACAGGGGAGAUCUUUGUGGCACGGGUGAUCCAUGGAGGACUGGCAGACCGCAGCGGUCUGCUACAUGCAGGGGACAGGAUCACAGAGGUGAAUGGUUACUCUGUAAAUGGCCUGGAGCCUGAGCAGGUCAUUGAGAGACUGGCCCGGUCUCAAGGCACCCUCAUGUUCAAAGUGGUUCCCAUCACAGAUAGACCAGUCAACAACCAGACGAUACUGUAUGUGCGUGCCAUGGCAGACUACAGUCCCCAGCAGGACCCGGCCAUCCCCUGCGCCGAGGCAGGUAUGGACUUCAGGAAGGGAGACCUGCUGGAGAUCGUGGACCAGUCAGACUCCCUCUGGUGGCAGGCCAAGAAACUACCCAGCACCUCGGCCUGUGCUGGCCUUAUCCCCUCCACCAACCUGCUCAGGAGGAAACAGAAAGAGUUCUGGUGGUCUCAGCCCUACCAGCCGCACACCUGCAUCAAACCCUUGAGCACUGUGAAUGAAGAGGAAGACCUGAUUGAUGAAAAGUGUGUUGAAGCUGAUGAAGAAGCUUUUGAAUCUGAGGAGCUAAGAGAAGAGGAGGGUGAGUUCAGCACUAACAUCGAGGGGAUCUAUCUAACUGGGUUCAGACGUAGCCUGCGUCUGUGUCGGCGCCAGUCCCUAAGCACAGGCUCCAGUCAGCAGUCCUUCUACACACGCAGCGGCUACAAUGCCCUCAACAACCCAUACGAAGAGGUGGUACGAUACCAGCGCAACCCGCAGGACAAACACCGCCUGGUUGCCCUCGUGGGUCCCUCUGGCGUUGGAGUGAACGAACUUCGCAGACGGUUAAUCAAAAUCAACCCAGUGACCUUUCAAGGGGCAGUGCCUCACACGACACGAGCCGCGAGGAGCUAUGAGGAGUCUGGUAAAGAGUAUCACUUCAUCAACAGGGAACUGUUUGAGAACAUGGUUUACAACAACAGGUUUCUGGAAUACGGGGAGUACAAAGAUAAUUUCUACGGCACUAGUCGUGAUGCUGUGAAGGAUGUUUUGAACAGUGGAAGGAUCUGUGUCAUCGACAUCGAGCCUCAUGCCAUCCAGUCAGUGAGGACACAUGAGCUUAAGGCCUACAUUAUCUAUGUGAAGCCGCCCACCGCAGGACGCAUGAAGGAGACCAGAAAGGACGCUCAGAUCACCACCAAUUACUAUGAUAACAGACCUUUCAAAGAGGAAGACUUCCAGGAGAUGGAGGAGGCAGCCAGGAAGAUGGAGUCUCACUACUGCCAGUUCUUUGACUCUGUGAUGGUGAACGACGGGCUGCAAGACUCAUGUGUUCAGCUACUGAGGGCUGUGAGGAGGGCUCAGGAUGAGCCACAGUGGGUCCCUGCCAGCUGGAUACGACCCACAGAGGAGUUUUGAUGAGGAGAAUAGAGGGGAGG